AUGUCAGCAAAGGUAGCCAAGACCACCGUUCCAUCGGUUAACGAUGUAUUGGUUCCAGAAACACUUUUGAAAAAGCGCAGAGAUGACGCAAAGAGCCGCGAAGAGAAGCAAGCAAAGACACUAGAAGCACGUAAGGCAUCAAAAGCCAAGCGCGGUGUUAUCUUCAAGCGUGCUGAAUCGUACGCCAAGGAAUACAAGCAACGUGAACGUGAAGAGAUCCGUCUUCGCCGUGUUGCCAAGUCAAAGGGAGACUUCUACGUUCCCGCUCAACCAAAGGUCGCCUUCGUCGUCCGUUUGCGCGGUAUCUCCAACAUUGCACCCAAGCCACGCAAGAUCUUGCAAUUGUUGCGUUUGUUGCAAAUCAACAACGGUACUUUUGUCAAAUUGACAAAGGCAACCCAACAAAUGCUCCAAUUGGUCGAACCAUACGUCACAUACGGUGAACCCAACUUGAAGACUGUCCGUGAAUUGAUCUACAAGCGUGGAUACGCCAAGAUCAACCGUCAACGUAUCCCAUUGAGCGAUAACGCCAUCAUCGAAGAGCACUUGGGCAAAUUCGGUAUCAUCUCCGUCGAAGAUUUGGUUCACGAAAUCUACACCGCUGGACCCCACUUCAAGGAAGCCAACACAUUCUUGUGGACAUUCAAGCUUUCUAGCCCUAACGGAGGAUUCGCUGAACGCAAAUUCAGACAUUUCAUCGAAGGUGGUGACACCGGAGACCGUGAAGGUGACAUCAACCGUUUGGUCCGUCGCAUGAACUAAGUAUGUCAAUCGACAAACUCGGUUCUCUCGGUUACGCUUCAUUUCCUCUCACAUGUUCGGCGAUCAUUCAAUGAUCGCCAUUCUUGGCAUCCAUUAUUGUACUCGCUCGCUUUUGUAGUCUGAACAUGCUACAAAGGUGAAGCUUUGUUACCAUUACGCACAUUACACCAAUCUUGUAUGACUUCAUACAUCAUGUUCAUAUUCAUACACAAAAAUGAAACGCCCAAAAGGCUUCAGUUGAGAUUCAAAUGCAUUUGUUGUGUGUGUGUGCCUGAAUAAAGUAC